GGAGGAAGGAGGAGGAAGGAGGAGGCGAUGGGUCGAAGACCGAUGCUCCAGUCGGAGCGCCGGAGGGUGCAGCGGUGAGACGUGUUGGACGGCAGCUGAUGGAGCAGAGCUACGGGGAGUUGAACCAGCUCGGCGGAGUGUUCGUUAACGGCCGGCCGCUGCCCAACCCGGUGCGGUUCCGGAUCGUGGAGCUGGCCCAGCUCGGCAUGCGGCCCUGCGACAUCAGCCGCCAGCUGCGGGUCUCCCACGGCUGCGUGUCCAAGAUCCUGGCGCGAUACCACGACACGGGCUCCAUCCUGCCCGGAACCAUCGGCGGCAGCAAGCCGCGAGUCACGACCCCGUCCGUGGUCAGGAGCAUCCGGGACUACAAGCGGAGCGACCCGGGCAUCUUCGCCUGGGAGAUCCGGCACCGGCUGCUGGCGGACGGGGUGUGUGACGGCUACAACGCGCCGUCCGUCAGCUCCAUCAGCCGCAUCCUCAGGAAUAGGAUCGGCAGGUUCUCCCACGCGAGUCUACAGGACCACGAACCGGAGCAGGUCCAGAACGGACACGUUUACCCGCCCUGGACCUACGGGCCCGCAGAACCGCCCGCCGGAACCAGGACGGACGUUUCCCGGAGCUGGCGCAGCGUCCUGGACUCCAGAGCGUUCAUGGAGCCGUCCGGUUGGUGGCCAAAAUACGUCACAACGAAAAAUGGUUCCGUUAAUACUCUGUCCGCAUGUGAUGGACACUCAGUCAAAGCAGAGGACUGGACCAGUAUGACCAGUAUGACCAGUAUGACCAGCGUUAGCUGGUUCCCUCCUGCAAUAAGUGGAUCCGAGACAAUCGGAUACCCGCAGCAGCCCCCCUGCCGUUUUCCUGCCUCGGCCCCAGCUUGUGCGUCUCCUCCACCCGGCCUCCCAGCAGCCGGCUCCUCCUGGGCCUCUGCUCGUCCUCCGGCUGCGCGGCGCUGGAGGCUGCAGGGUUCAGGCCUCCAGGAGAGAACAGGAAGCUGAACAAACCUCACAGAUCAUCUUCUGUCUCGUGAUGCCGGCAGGUUCAGGUCAAAGGUCACAGGUCACAGACGCCGGUGGCUCCUGCGGCUGCUUCUAACAUCUUGUAACACGCGUGUGCACAGAUGUAAAGAUACUGUUAAUAAAUCUGCACGUCUGGAACCAUC